CCUGCGCCCCUGCGGCCGCCAGAGGGAGGGCUAAGGCGCCUGGGCGCGCAGCGAGCCGGCUGAGGGGGCUGUGGCGGCUGCGGCUGGCGACAUGGACAACGCGGGGAAGGAGCGUGAGGCGGUACAGCUGAUGGCGGAGGCCGAGAAGCGAGUCAAGGCCUCCCACUCCUUCCUCCGAGGGCUGUUUGGAGGAAACACAAGAAUAGAAGAGGCUUGUGAAAUGUAUACCAGAGCUGCAAAUAUGUUCAAGAUGGCUAAAAAUUGGAGUGUGUCUUCUUCAGCUGCAGGAAACGCAUUUUGUCAGGCAGCCAAGCUCCACAUGCAGCUUCAGAGCAAACAUGACUCCGCUACCAGCUUUGUGGAUGCUGGAAAUGCUUACAAAAAGGCAGAUCCCCAAGCCAAGAAGACAGCCUCACCUGAACCCUCUUUGACUGAAUGGAUUUUUUCGUUGUUUUUCUUAAAUGCCUACGCUUCAGAGGCUAUCAACUGCUUAAAUGCAGCCAUCGACAUUUACACAGACAUGGGAAGGUUUACAAUUGCAGCCAAGCACCACAUUACUAUUGCAGAGAUCUAUGAGACUGAACUUGUAGACAUUGAGAAGGCUAUUGCACAUUAUGAACAAUCUGCUGAUUAUUACAAAGGAGAAGAAUCCAAUAGCUCAGCAAACAAGUGUCUGCUGAAGGUGGCAGCGUAUGCUGCCCAGCUUGAGCAGUACCAGAAAGCCAUUGAGAUCUAUGAGCAGGUUGGGGCAAACACCAUGGAUAAUCCUUUGUUGAAGUACAGUGCAAAGGAUUACUUCUUCAAAGCUGCCCUCUGCCACUUCAUAGUAGACGAGUUGAAUGCCAAGCUUGCUCUUGAGAAAUAUGAGGAAAUGUUUCCAGCGUUUACUGAUUCAAGAGAAUGUAAAUUAUUGAAAAAACUCCUAGAAGCUCAUGAAGAACAAAACAGUGAAGCUUACACUGAAGCAGUGAAGGAAUUUGACUCAAUAUCUCGUUUGGAUCAGUGGCUGACCACCAUGUUACUUCGCAUCAAAAAGUCCAUCCAAGGGGAUGGAGAAGGAGAUGGAGACCUAAAAUGAAAUGUUUUUGUCUUUGUGGCAUGCAGCUAACUCCUCUUUAGUUUUGUCUUAGGGUCAAGUGAUCUUUAUGGGAUGCCCAUUUAAUGGCUUAAUUUUGUUGCAUAUGAGCCAGACAGCCUGGGUAUUGUUUAAGCUCCCCGAGUCUGUGUUGCUGUGAAAUGGAUGAAGGGGAGGCUCCUGUUCAUCUUGUGGUAAUGAUGGGUUGUUUCAUGCUUAUCAGAACCCCCAGCGUUUUCUGAGAAGUACUUCAGAAUCUCAUUCCUCAUAUUUCAUUGGUAUUUGUGGAGCCUAUGUUUAAUGUUGCCAUGUGUUUUUAUGUCCUUUUUGUUAGACUUGAGUACUCAGCCCAGUUGUUCUCAUAGAUGCUUUGCAUUUUCUCUGUGCUUUGGCAUCUGGAUAUGUUCUUUAAAUGUGUGUUUAGUUUAGAACAGUUACUAGGAAUGAGUUUAUAACUUUUAUUAGAAAUCACUUCUAUUUUUGUUAUCCUGUGAUUAUUUUGAUGGUGCUAGUGACUAGUUUCUUUGCUUUUUGUGUUGUUCCAUAUGCUAACAUGUGCAUGGCAAAAAUUUAGAAUAGCCAGGGUCUGUAGGCAUCACAUUGUGAGGAAAGGAGCUUUCUGGAAGUACUUGUUUCACGUAUGGAUGAGUGUCAAAGUGAAUUUGAUUUGUACUUAGACACUCACACACACACACACCACAAGAUCUAUUAGAAAUGGAAUUUCUCUUUUUCUGGAGAUAGUUUUCACUUCUAGUUGGAGUGGAAAUCCCUUUAUAUUUGCAUUAAAGUAUUUUAAUUGGCACAGCCUGCUCGUUAUUUUCAUGUUUAUACACUUUCCCACAUUGAGGUGGUGUGUUCUGUGCUAUGGCUAUAGAAAUCUUGGUCAGGGCUGGAUAGAUUAAGUCAAGCUUGAGAAUGAAUGUAUGUAAUUUUCCUGUUUAUUGCACAUGAUGGGUUAGGUGGGGUAAAUGUGGUACAGGAAUGUACUGUAUGCCCAAGUGGGCAAGAACCCCAACUUGUUUCUCAGGGGACUUGAUUGUUCUCUUAGCUGGUGGAAUAUUUUGGCUUAUGUGUUUGAACUCUGUCAUGUUUAAUUGGUUUAUAUAUGUAUGCUAUCUUGAUUCAUGAACUUGAUUCUAUUAUUUUAUAUGCUGAUAUUUAGACUUACUCUUGUCUUCUGAAUGUCCUCUGCAUAUUUUAUAGUUAAAUCAUUUAUAUUUGAAAUGUGUUUGUUGCCAUACUUAACCCAGCAGACACUCUGACAUCAUGGAGCUUCACUGAUGACAGAUAACGAAACUUUCUAUGUUAUGUCAGGUAGUAGUAAGUAGUAUUGGAAUGAUGUUUUCAUUUUUGAUGGCUCUCGGAAUUGGUAGGAUUUUAUUGGACUGAAGUACAGUGAGUGUUUCCAGGCCAAGGGUCAAGUGCAGGUUGUUUAAGAAAUGAUGAGUAGGUCAGUCUAGGAAGAAAGAGAAAGCAACAGGAAAGGAAGUGGGAAGGGCCAGCCGAGGACAGAUUGUAGAGGAUCCACAUCAGAUGGCCACGAGGACUUGCAGGCUGUAGUUAUGGUGGUGACAUGCAUGAGGUGGGCUGGUAGUGCAGGAAGCUCUGUGAUGUCAGAGCAUCCACUGGGGGUGGUGAUGAAGAUGCUCUGUCUGUGGGCCCUAGAAUUUAAUGUGGAUUUCCUCCUUCCUUCCAAGUUCUGAGAUUCUUAAAUGAGAGCUGGCUGUCUCUAGAGGUAAGACCUGGAAUGGAGCCCCAGUUGGUACUUUUUCACUCCCUCUUAGAAUCUCUUAUGAAAAAAUGAUCAGAAGGAAAAGUGGGGUUUUGUUUCCCUAGCUAAUAAUAUAUCCUACAACUAGCCAAAUGCACUUUUGUGAAAAUGGGGUGUGAGGAAUGGUUCUGCAGCUUGAGUCCUCUGGUUUUAAGUAGUUUGUUUCUACUUGUUUAAAGAAUCUUCUGGUCUGACCACUUAAAGUAAAAACCAAAUGAUUUAUUUUAGGGCAAUUAUGUUUAGCUUUCAUCAUGAUACUCCAACAGACCCCUGUCGGAAGGGGUAUGUUUUUUUAACAAUAGUGUUUGUAACAUUUUGUUGUGUCAAUUAAAGGGUCACUUGUUUGUAUUGCAGUAAACACUGGGACCAGUUCUGGGGUUAAUAAUUAAUUUUUGUUUUUAAUAUUUCACAUAAAAAGAAUCAAAGUAACUGUAAUGGCUAGAAGAUACCUGCCAGAAGAUAAAAAAAAGAAUGAGAGAAAAAGCCCAGUCAGUGGUGUGCCAACUUACUUCCUUUAAAUGUCUCAUGGAUGUAGGACAGUGACUUGUUUCAAGAUGCCUGUGAGCUAGGUCAAGAUGUAUAGAAUGUUACUUAUGAACAAAAUAUAAUUGUUUAUGGUAAAUUCUUGUACUUUAGCAAAUCUGGAGUUAGUUCAUAGUCAAAGUCAAUUAAUAUUUCUUACAGGAAACUUUUGCUUUUUGUGGCAACAUUUUUAUAGCUUGUGUGAGUUCCUUUUUUUAUUUAAUGAUUUCAAAGCAGUAUUUUUGCACAGUUGUGACCGUGUGUGGUGGCGUCACUGUAACCAAAGUAUAUGCACCAGCCCUUGUGCAUUUAUUGUUUCUCCUGAUUUUGUGCAUUUAAAUGUCCAAAUGCAAACCUUUGUGACUUCCUCUGGAGGACUUGGCAGCACAGCAUGCCCCCGUGACCUGCCUGCUGUGGUAUGAGCUGUGACCAAGAGCAGGCUUCCUGCUCCAUGGAGUCCUGAGUUGCUCUGGGAUAGGGGAUUACAUUAUGAAAACUAACCAUGUGUAACAAUAAAUCUACCUUAGCAGAAAAAG